AUGAAAAAGUUCAAUAUAAAGAGGCAUUACUCAACUAAGCAUGCUACACAGCACUCACUGACAGGACAAUUAAGAACAGACAAAAUCCAGAAGCUUAGAGCAAAUAUUGAAAAACAGCAACAAAUGUUUCAUAAACAAAGAACACAACUUGAUAAUGUUGUGAAAGCUAGUUUUAUAGUUAGCUCAAAAUUGUCAAAGGCAUUAAAACCAUUUGCCGAAGGAGAAUUUAUCAAGGAGUGUAUGUUAGAAAUUUGCGGUGUUUUGUGUCCUGAAAAGAAAAAAAAAUUUGAAAAAAUUAGUUUGUCAAGACGAACUGUUGUUAGACGUAUAGAAAUGAUGGCUAAUGAUAUAAAAACAACAUUGACUGACCUUAUGGCUGGUUUUGAAUCAUUUUCCAUAGCAUUAGACGAGAGCACCGAUUUGUCUGACAUAGCUCAACUGGCUAUAUUUAUUCGAGGUAUUGAUAAGGAGUUCACUGUUACUGAGGAAUUGCUAGCUUUACAGCCCCUAAAAGCAACCACUACAGGAGAGGAUAUUUUUAAUGAAGUUCAAAAGGUAUUUACAAGUUUUGGCCUGCCAUUGUCAAAAUUAAUUGGAAUAUGCACUGAUGGUGCACCUUCUAUGGUCGGUUUACGAAAAGGUUUCAUCGGAAUUUUGAAUGAAAAAGCAACAGAAUUAAAUGUGCAAAAAGAUGAUUUGAUAGUCCUUCAUUGCAUUAUCCACCAACAGAACUUGUGUUCUAAGUCCAUUCGACUCCACAAUGUUAUGAAUGUAGUAGUACAAACUAUCAAUUUUAUUCGAUCCAGAGGGCUUAACCAUCGUCAGUUCAAGACGUUUUUGGAUGAAAUAUAA